AUGCCGCCGCGCUCGGCCCCCAAGGCCUGGUCUCCCGGCAUUGCCGUGCUGGGCGUGGUGGCCGUGCUCUUCUUCCCCUCCCUCUUCAUCUUCCAGCAGACGGGCUGGGGCGGCGCGAGCGGGACGCCCAGCUCCGCCGCCGCCUGUCCCGCGGUGAGGAGCUCUGGCGGGCGCGACCGGCAGGGCGACGUCAGCUAUGUGCCGCCGGAUGCCAGCCUCAAGGUGGUGGUGGCCAGCGCCAGCCCAGACACCGCCUGGGUGCAGUACGCUGUGGAUGCCAUCCGCGCCAGGUCAGCCAGCGCCAGCGUGCUGGUGUACCGCAUGGAUGGCGGCAGUACCGGCAGCGCCGGCAACGGCAGCGGCAGCGGCAGCGACUGGGACGCGAGCAGCAGCAGCAGCGGCGGCCGCCGCCGCAGCCUCGGCGCUGCCAAGCCGGCGCCGGGUGGCGGCGGGGCGCCGCCGGGCAAGGCGCGCGGCGGCAAGGCCAAGGCGCGGCACAAGUCGUUCCUCACGGCGCUGAUCAGGGAUGCGGGGGACGGGGAGGCGGCGUGGGCCCCCACGGCCGUGGAGCAGCGCAGCGUGCCGGGGGAGGGCAAGGGCGAGGAGGCUCUUGCCUACCUGACAGCCAUAGUGGAGGAGUAUGAGCGGCUGCCAGACGUAGUCGCCUUCCUGCGCGGCUACAGCGGGCGGCACAGCCGCGUGCCCAACACCUGGGUGCUGCAGCACCUGCUGCAGCAGCCGCCCGCCCGCCUGCCGAGAGGCUACCUGGGCGCUCAGUGCAGGCCGCCGGGAGGAGAGUUCAGCUUCCGCGUGCUGCCCACCAACCUCAGCGCCAACAGCCCGUGGGCGCAGCCGGCGGCCCGCUUCCUGGCGCAGGCGGGUGCCACGCUCGCCCCGCUGCCGCCGCCGUGCAUGCCUGCGUGGGAGGAGUUUUUCGGGGCGCACCUGGGCCCGCUGCCGGCCGUGGUGUCGGGCCCCUGCUGCUCCGAGUUCGUGACCAGCGCCGCCGCCAUCCGGCACCACCCUCUCGAGUUCUACUCUGCGGCCCGUGACUGGCUGGCCGGCACGGCGCUGGGGUCCAGGCAGGCUGCCAAGGCACUGGAGCUGGCCUGGCACCUCAUCCUGCAGCAGCAGGCGGAGGUGGAGGUGGGGGAGCGCGAGUGCCUGUGCGCGCUGUACGGCACGCCGUCCGUGCGCUACUUUGGCGCCCACCUGCUGGCCAUGCUGGCGGUGCCGCCGCUGCUGGCCGCGCUGUGCACGCUGCGCACGAUCGCGGUGCCCAUGCUGCGGCGCCGCCCCUCCUCCGCGUCCAUGCAAGUGUAA